AUGUCGCCCACGACCACACUCUCUACUCUGCCGCCCAGUACACCUCAACCUGCUGCUUUACUCACUACUCAAGAGGAGAUUCCAGUUCUUAUCCUAGCCCUCUGUAAAAAGGUGAACCACUUCAGCGGGUCCCUGGAGGAUCGCAAGGAACUUCUACAAGAAGUCACUGACGCGGCCUCCUCCGUACUGCGGGCUCAGAGCAGCAGCAGGGAGACGGUUGCCAAGGAGACGGUCAUUGACCUCUCCUCCGGCGUCACAGAUGGUCUGAAGAAUCUGAUAGACGUCCAGUCUACCGACCUGUCACCGACGGAACAGCUGAUACAGGAGAAAAAGGAACAAGAAAGUCUCAAGGCCCGGGUGAUUGGGGAAACGAGAGAUCUGCUGCAGCUGCUGGAUGCGGCAGCAGACAGACUGUUGGAGGAGGCACCACCGGAAGGAGAAAGUACGUACUUCCGGUCUGACGGUGUGAUGACGGCGGUGAAGAAGGGCAUACCUGAUGUCGGUGUCGUGCCUAUCGGUCAGGAUGUAGGGUCUCUUGUGUUUACGAAGGAGGACAACCUUCCUGAGGCCUCCACUAUGAAGGUCCUGGCAUUUGUCAAGGAUCCAUUUGUCUGGAGCGUCGAGAAAACCGAAGUAUCCUCAUCAGUUGUCAUGGUAACAAUCACCAAGGAUACGGAUGACGUCGAUGGAAACCCAUCGAACAUCACCGUUAUCGUCAAACAGACAGUGCAGUUUGGGAUCACGAGCGACACAGAGCAACAGUACCACGACACUCUGCCCACAUCGUACAGGCAGAACCUUGCUGAUGCAGGCAGGUCGUCCUUCCCUCUAUCCAAGGUUCCCAAGCCUGACGUCACGGACAUGACGUAUCACGCCGUGUAUAUCUCUGACGAAGGUCAAGUUCCUUUGAUCAGAUUCACCAUCGAUGACGUCGACUCAGAGAUGCAGGUGUACUUCCGGUUUCACGACUUCCCAACUGAGGAAGAGUUCGACUACACCACAACUGUCAAGCCUCCUGGAGUCACUGAUUACGACGGUUUUGAAAUGCCGUACGGCCUGGCGUACUCCAGUUUUAAUACAUCAAUAGUUCCGGAGAUCCUACAGGAACGAGGAUGGAUCUUCGUUGGAAUAAAGAGAAAAGGCGGAGACCUGCCUCAAACUGGACUGAGAAGACUGCUAACGUCAGCGGUCCGUGCGACAGCGCCCCCUGCCGACUCUGCAGGGUUUGAACUGCAGUCUGCAGUAGUCUCCUGUCUGCUGCGGGAAAUGGACAACCACACCUGGGACAGCCGCAGCUGCAAGAACCAGGUUGCUAUGAGCACGGCAGUGGCCGACAGCUCUGCUCUUGGACGCAGCGACGUUCGCCACAGCAAGCCCCGCGUGUCCACCAUCCCGUCAGAAGUUCCCGGUGCGGAGAACGUGUACGUGGUGUGUGUCCGUACGGGAACACCGCCUGAUGCCGGCACGACUUCUGUGGUCGGGCUCAUGGUCAUAGGAUCGGACGGCAGGACACCCAUGGUCACCCUCAACCCUGAUGGCUUGGUCCUGGCCAGAGGUGGAGACACGUACCACAUCAUGUCGACUCCCUCCUCCAUCGGCCAGCUCCAGUCCGUACAGGUCUGGCACGACGGCUCCGGGAAGGGCAGCAUAGAGUCACUAUUCAUAGACAACAUCAAGGUCUGGGACAUACAGACAUCACAGGGGAUGUCAGAGUACAACCUACCGACGUUUUCGUACCUUCUGUACGACGACCACCUGCUGCUGUCAGCCGUGUGUAACUCCGGUGUGAGACACUUCAGUCGGGCACAGCGGAUGGUCUGCUGCCUGACGCAGAUCACCCUGUGGAUUGUGGGCAGCGCCAUGUGGUACGGCUUCAAACUUGGCACCGGCGAUGUCGUUUUGCUAGACGCCAGCUUCGUCACUUUCCGCCUUUCGGAACUGGCUGGUGUUGCAGCAACAUCGUUCACGGUGUUCCUGCCAGUUUACGCCAUCCUUGUGCCGAUGUUUCGCACGCAGCAUCCGUUGGUAGAUCAGAUCCCUUCGGGUCUGUAUGAAACGCCGAAAUCUCCAUCCACCUGGCGAUUUCCGAUUAAGCCGGUAGCGUGGAUCCUCGCCAUCCUGACGUCUGUCGGCAGCAGCUUGUUCGUGAUCGUGUACACACUGCAGUUUGGAGCCGACAGAAGCCAAGCCUGGCUGAAGGACUUUGUCCUGGCCUUCAUGUUCUCUACAUUCGUACUGGAGCCUAUUCAAAUUUUCCUGAUUGCUUACAUUAAGGCAGUCAUCAUCGGACCUAUUGUGGGGACUGUGACCGUCUGUGUCCGAGGGAUUUUUGGGAAGAAUUUAUCGGGCAAAGAAGAACGCCCUCCACUCGGUGAUAUUCAGAGGAAGAUCCGGGAUUAUGAUGUCCCUGCACGGAGGGUUUUGCCGCCAGCCCCGAAGAAAACCGACCAUGACCCGAACUGGACCGAGAGGAUGACUCAGGGUAGAAACAUCCUGGUCCUCCUGGUGUUCCUGCUGAUCUUCACCGGCAAUGCCUUCUACAUCGGCGUCCUGGGCUUCGACAGACACGCCUACUACGUCAGGACUUCACUGGAGAACAGCCUGCUGUCUGGAUAUGACGAGGUGACCACAGUGGACGGUGCCUGGGAGUGGCUGUCGUCUGACCUGCUGCCGUCCCUCCAGCCGGAUCGGACCGGCUCAGGCAAGGCAGAUAAACAGUCAAGGUUUAGCCCUCUACGUCUGGAGAGAAGCACUGAGUAUCCAGAGAACCCAAUAGACAUAGAUCUCGAGCACAGUGGUCAAAAGCUCUAUCCUGAGCUGCAGAUGUUCCUACAAAGUAAAGCUGUUGGCCGACAGAACGGACGGAACUGUUCUUACAAUGGGACUACAAGUAUUGGCAAUGAAGUCAGAAACAGCACUUCGGUGUGCUUCUCCACAGUAGACCUACCCCAGGACGCUGACCAGGCUGCUGCAGUGAUAGACUUCCUAAAACAUACCCACUGGAUCCUGCUGGUUUCAGACACACUCAUCCUAAGGAUCAACUUCUACCACCCUGACGUGAAGCUGUUCAGCACCGUGGCCAUCAAACUGCAGUACCUGCCUGGCGGCGCUGAUGAGAUGCAGCCCACGAUCCACACCUUCCGGCUGUUCCAGUACGAAACAGCACACGACUUCGUCCAGAUGAUUUUUCACAUCGUCUUCGUUCUUGUCUACAUCUACAACUUGUUUACCGAGAUUUUCAACGUACAGAAGAGCGGCCGUCUUUACUUCUGCAGUUUUUGGAACAUCCUGAUGCUGUGCAACAUCGGCAUGUCCACAGCCGUCAUUGUGACAUUCGCGCUUCGGUACAUCCAGACUGCUGCUGCUUUGGAUGACAUACAGCAGGCAAAAGGACUUCUCGGCAUCCAUGAGUUUGUGGACAUCAGCACCGCCAGCCAAUGGGACGCAACCUUCAAGGUUGUCCUGUCCUUCUCCAUCUUCCUCAGUACCGUCAGCAUCCUGCGUGUUCUCAACUUCUCCAGAGGCGUGGCGACCGUCUACGCACUGCCUCGGCUGAUGUACGGGGAAGCCUUUGGGUUCUCCGUGUACAUGCUGGUUGUUAUAGUGGCCUACAGCUUCAGCGGGAUCCUCAUAUUCGGCAAGAACAUAGAGAGCUUCUCCGGCUUCAAGAAAACGUCGUACGUGCUGUUUGAGAUGGGGCUGGGGAGGCCGUUCGUCGGUGUCUUUGCGGACGACAUGAAAGAAGUGAAUCGUGUCAUGGGACCUCUGUACUACUCUACAUUCGUCAUCAUCUUCAUCUUUUAUCUGAUGAACCUGGGAGUGGGGAUGUUGUGUAACUGGCUGAGUUACUGUCAGACGUCUGACGACAUUGAUGUGGACGCCGCCAUGGGAGAUUACUUCUGGAACUCCUUCAGGAGUUUUCUGGGCAUGCUUCAUGAGUCCCAAGACGCAGACGAUGAAGCACCACUUCCGGACCACUUUGUGAACGAGACCCUCCAGCGGACAGAUGCGGUACUGCAGGAAGUUGACCUGCUGACUGACGUAAUGUACCGCUUUGAGUGCAAAAAGCGAAAGAACCCAAUAGACAUAGAUCUCGAGCACAGUGGUCAAAAGCUCUAUCCUGAGCUGCAGAUGUUCCUACAAAGUAAAGCUGUUGGCCGACAGAACGGACGGAACUGUUCUUACAAUGGGACUACAAGUAUUGGCAAUGAAGUCAGAAACAGCACUUCGGUGUGCUUCUCCACAGUAGACCUACCCCAGGACGCUGACCAGGCUGCUGCAGUGAUAGACUUCCUAAAACAUACCCACUGGAUCCUGCUGGUUUCAGACACACUCAUCCUAAGGAUCAACUUCUACCACCCUGACGUGAAGCUGUUCAGCACCGUGGACAUCACCCUGCAGUACCUGCCAGGGGGCGCUGGGGAGAUUCAGCCCACGAUCCACACCUUCCGGCUGUUCCAGUACGAAACAGCACACGACUUCGUCCAGAUGAUUUUUCACAUCGUCUUCGUUCUUGUCUACAUCUACAACUUGUUUACCGAGAUUUUCAACGUACAGAAGAGCGGCCGUCUUUACUUCUGCAGUUUUUGGAACAUCCUGAUGCUGUGCAACAUCGGCAUGUCCACAGCCGUCAUUGUGACAUUCGCGCUUCGGUACAUCCAGACUGCUGCUGCUUUGGAUGACAUACAGCAGGCAAAAGGACUUCUCGGCAUCCAUGAGUUUGUGGACAUCAGCACCGCCAGCCAAUGGGACGCAACCUUCAAGGUUGUCCUGUCCUUCUCCAUCUUCCUCAGUACCGUCAGCAUCCUGCGUGUUCUCAACUUCUCCAGAGGCGUGGCGACCGUCUACGCACUGCCUCGGCUGAUGUACGGGGAAGCCUUUGGGUUCUCCGUGCACAUGCUGGUUGUUAUAGUGGCCUACAGCUUCAGCGGGAUCCUCAUAUUCGGCAAGAACAUAGAGAGCUUCUCCGGCUUCAAGAAAACGUCGUACGUGCUGUUUGAGAUGGGGCUGGGGAGGCCGUUCGUCGGUGUCUUUGCGGACGACAUGAAAGAAGUGAAUCGUGUCAUGGGACCUCUGUACUACUCUACAUUCGUCAUCAUCUUCAUCUUUUAUCUGAUGAACCUGGGAGUGGGGAUGUUGUGUAACUGGCUGAGUUACUGUCAGACGUCUGACGACAUUGAUGUGGACGCCGCCAUGGGAGAUUACUUCUGGAACUCCUUCAGGAGUUUUCUGGGCAUGCUUCAUGAGUCCCAAGACGCAGACGAUGAAGCACCACUUCCGGACCACUUUGUGAACGAGACCCUCCAGCGGACAGAUGCGGUACUGCAGGAAGUUGACCUGCUGACUGACGUAAUGUACCGGUUUGAGUGCAAAAAGCGAAGUCCCAAGUCAACAACGGCUUCAUAUGCUUAAUAUUUUACGAAGACAUUUUAAGACAUAUUUUCAUGAUAUGUUGCAGUAAGUAAAUAGCUGUUAUACAUUAUUGUUAUCCUUUAAUAGAAUAUGUUGCGAAA